CAAACAGGCUUCAGAGGAAACGACAGAGGAACGGCUCUUUCCUUUCUUUAAAAAACUUUUUAAGAAUUUCAAAACGCGACUGCGACCUUCUGCUCUGGAGCAUGUCCGUUUUGGAUAAAAAGCCAUCAAGGGAACAAAAGGAUGACAGUGGCCUCCCCAAAUUGCCUGUGCCACCGUUACAGCAAACAUUAGAUAUGUAUUUAAAAUGCAUGAGACAUUUGAUCUCUGAAGAACAGUUCAGAAUGACCAAGGCUAUUACUGACAAUUUUGGAGCACCUGGUGGGCUGGGAGAGAGACUUCAGAGAAAACUACUGCAAAGAAGAGAAAUUAAAGCUAACUGGGUAUAUGACUACUGGGUUGAAGAUAUGUAUUUGAAUAACAGAUUAGCACUACCUGUUAACUCAAGCCCUGCUAUGGUCUUCCCAAAGCAGAACUUCACGACCCAAAGUGAUGUACUCAGAUUUACAGCUCAUCUAAUUUCAGGUGUAUUAGAAUACAAGUGUCUGAUUGAUGGACAUGCCCUACCAGUGGACUUUGCACGUGGCCAAUUAGCUGGAACACCACUGUGUAUGGAGCAGUACUACAAGCUCUUCUCCUCUUACCGCCUACCCGGUCCAAAGACAGACACCCUGGUGGCUCAGAAAAGCUUUGUAAUGCCAGAACCAGAGCAUAUAAUAGUGGCCUGUAAAAACCAGUUUUUUGUUCUUGAUGUGGUUAUCAACUUCCGGCGGCUCAAUGAGAAAGAUUUGUUCACUCAGCUGCUGAAGAUAAUGAGGAUGGCUGAGAGUGAGGAGGAAAACUCCCCUCCUAUUGGAUUGCUCACCUCAGAUGGACGGACUGAAUGGGCAGAAGCUCGUAGUGCUCUCAUUCAAGAUUCUACCAACAGGGACUCUUUGGAUAUGAUUGAGCGCUGCCUUUGUUUGGUGUGCUUGGAUGAACCAUGUGGCAUGGAUCUGAGUGACACAAACCGAGCCAUGAUGAUGCUUCAUGGAGGAGGGAAAGACAAGAAUGGAGGAAACCGCUGGUAUGACAAACCCAUGCAGUUUAUAGUAGGUGCAGAUGGGUGCUGUGGUGUUGUAUGUGAACAUUCACCCUUUGAGGGAAUCGUGCUGGUACAGUGCACAGAAUAUUUACUAAAAUACAUGAAAGGAAGCCCUGCAAAGUUGGUGCGAGCAGCAAGUGUGAGUGAGUUGCCAUCUCCAAGGCGCCUGCAUUGGAAAUGUUCCCCAGAAAUCCAAAAAAUGCUCACCUCAUCAGCGGACAAUCUCCAACGGCUUGUCAAAAAUCUAGACAUGAAUGUCCACAAGUUCAACCGUUAUGGCAAAGAGUUCAUCAAGAAACACAAAAUGAGUCCAGAUGCUUACAUACAAGUGGCUCUGCAGUUUGCAUUUUACAGAUGUCAUGGUAGAGCUGUGCCAACCUACGAGAGCGCAUCAAUUCGCCGCUUUCAGGAGGGACGUGUGGACAACAUUCGCUCUUCUACCGCAGAGGCCUUGGAAUUUGUGAAAGCCAUGACCGAUAAAAAAAACAAUCUGACAGAUACUGAGAAGAUGGAGAAGUUAUGUGAAGCUAUUAAGGCCCAAACCAAUUAUACAAUUUUGGCAAUUACAGGAAUGGCAAUAGACAAUCACUUACUUGGACUGCGAGAAAUCUCCAAAGAUCUCAACCUGGAGAAGCCAGAGAUUUUCACAGAUGAGACCUAUGUAAUCAGCAACCAAUUCAUUCUGUCCACAAGUCAGGUUCCUACGACGGUAGAGAUGUUUUGCUGCUAUGGUCCUGUGGUCCCUAAUGGCUAUGGCACCUGCUACAAUCCCCAGUCAGACCACAUCAUUUUCUGUGUGUCCAGUUUCCGUGACAGCCCUGAGACUUCUUCAGACAUGUUUGUGAAAGCUCUAGUGGAGUGCCUGGGGGAAAUGCAGGAUUUGUGUAACACUCAAGCCAAGCAUAGUAACACUAGAGAGAGGACUGAAGAGGUCAAUGAAGCUGCGAAGGAUAGAGGGAAGACAUAGUUUAAACUUUAUUAGAAACAAGUUUAUCAAAAAGUCUUCAUUGAUUCAUUGGAUAAUUAAGAGGUCUUCGUCAUUUAAAAGAUUUCUACAAGGAACCCUUUCUGACAGGGAAAUUCACUGUUGUAGGGUUACUUGUUGGAAAUUCCAAUAAGAGUAUACCUGGGAAGUUAAUGGCCACAGGCCAUCUAUCUUUCCAUCUGAAUUAAUUUUAUUUUUGCUACCAUAAGGUGGUGUAACUUAUUUAUUGUGUCCAAGUGUAAAAAAAAAAAAACUAUUCUAUAUAAUACAAUACUAUUAUUAGGCUGUAAAUAAAGUAUUACUGUGUGUAGAAAACCACAUAAGAGCUUAAAGGAUUAGAAAUGUAGGAGUCACAUAUCACAUCACAAUAAAAAAAUAACAACAAAAAAAAUGUGGUAGGAUGUGGUUCAACCUCCAUGGUUUUUUGAGAAGAUCAAAACUGAGAGAUAAUGAAAAAAGCCUCUAUUACAAAUUGCAUUAGUUAAAAUGAAUUACACUGUAUGGUGUAUAUUAAAUAUGUGUCUUGUGUGGUGUUUACACAUUAAAUUACAUGAUACUGUAAUAAAGUGCUGUUUGUUUAGGUGAAAAUGUAACUAAGAUUUUUAUUGUGUUUAAAACAAUGAGCUCCACAAUAUGGCCAAAACUUUGUGAACUCCUGAGCAUCACACUAACAUGCUUUUUAAACAUUUUAUUCCAGAUUUAAUUUAGUUAAAGUUAGUUUUAGUAAAAACAUCUAAAAUAGAUUUCCAUUUAAAUUUGGUGUGCCUGACCUUACUCACACUCUUGUGGUUGAAUGGAAAACUCUCCAUAGCCAGAGAGUGUUAGAGAGGUCAGGCACUAAUGGCAUAUAAAGAUGUGCAGCAGACAUUCUUUCUACAACUUUGUGGCAACAGGUUGGCAAACGCUGACAUGGAUGAGAUUAUGUGUUCACAUGCAUUUGGUCAUAGUGUCUAUGCUUAAAUGCCGGAUGAUUGAAAUUAUUGGUAGGAUUUAAUGUUGCUGUCAGUAACUAAGCAUUUGUAUGUAGGCAUUUGUGUAUCUAAGCAUUUUGUCUUUUUAAUUAUUCUUACAGUAAAUGGCAUCAAAAGCGAAGUAUUUGCAGUAUAACAUCACAUUGUCAGUGAGUCUGUCAGGAAUUGGUAUUUGUGGUUGUCUAAGGUAUUAGUAGUAUUUCGAUUUCUUACAUAAUGCCACACACUUUAAAGCAUCUAUAUUAAUUUUAACAUUUUAAACACUAUUUAUAUCAUACAUUAUAAAUGAAUGACUAUCUAUCUAUCUAUCUAUCUAUCUAUCUAUCUAUCUAUCUAUCUAUCUAUCUAUCUAUCUAUCUAUCUAUCUAUCUAUCUAUCUAUCUAUCUAUAUUACUGAGAGGGGCUCGGUUUUUAAUUAUCUUUGUUAUAUUUGUUGUUAUUUAGUGUUACCUGCUUUGUAUCGCAAAAUACAGUUAUUUUUAUAUUUUUUAUUUAAACCUUAAUAUUUUCAUUAAUAAAAUGAUGAACAAAUUAAUAAAAUGAUGACUUAUGUAGAAUUCAGAAUUUGUGUGGAGCAGUGAUUCUUUUGGGUU